AUGGGAGGGAUGGGAGAUAAUACAAGAGGGCUAGUUCUGGCUAUGUUAUCCAGCUUGUUUAUUGGAAGCAGCUUCAUCUUGAAGAAGAAAGGUCUUAAGCGUGCUGCUGCUGCUUCUUCUGCUUCUCGCGCAGGUGUUGGGGGAUACACUUACUUGCUUGAGCCUCUCUGGUGGACGGGCAUGAUUACAAUGAUUGUUGGUGAAGUGGCAAAUUUUGUGGCUUAUAUUUACGCUCCAGCUGUUCUAGUGACUCCUCUGGGUGCCUUGAGCAUAAUUGUUAGUGCUGUUUUAGCACACUUUCUAUUGAAGGAACGGUUGCAGAAAAUGGGUAUUGUUGGAUGUGUCUCAUGCAUCGUGGGAUCAGUCGUGAUUGUACUUCAUGCGCCUCAAGAACAUACACCAGGCUCUGUGCAAGAGGUUUGGAUUUUGGCUACUCAACCAGCAUUUCUAUUUUACGUAGCUGCGACAAUGUCAAUUGUCCUGACACUAGUUUUGCAUUUUCAACCUCGAUAUGGACAGUCAAACAUACUGAUUUAUUUGGCAAUUUGUUCCUUAAUGGGUUCCCUUACGGUUGUCAGCAUAAAGGCUAUUGGAAUUGCUAUAAAGCUCAGUCUAGAGGGUAUUAGCCAAGUUGCAUAUCCUCAGACUUGGAUUUUUCUUACGGUGGCUGUAGUUUGUAUUAUCACACAGUUAAAUUACUUAAAUAAGGCUCUAGAUACCUUCAACGCAGCUAUUGUCUCGCCCAUCUAUUAUGUGAUGUUCACUACUCUUACCAUUGUUGCUAGUGCAAUUAUGUUCAAGGAUUGGUCUGGACUAGAUGCGAGCAGCGUAGCCUCGGAAAUCUGUGGUUUUGUCACUGUGAUUUCAGGAACUGUUAUACUUCAUGCUACAAAGGAGCCGGAGACAUCCAAUGUGGCGGCAGGUACUACACUUUCUAAAAACACAGGCAGCAUAACAUGGUACAAUGGAGAUCCAAUAGACGGUAGGGAGCAUGCGCAUUUCAUCUUAUUGCACGAAGGAGAUUACUGUGAAUGA